UGGAAUUCCAGAUACUGGCAGUGAUUAACCAAGGGAAUGAAAAUAAAUGUGCACAAGACUUUGACAGUGGAGAAUAAAGUGGAACGUUUGGUAAUACGAGCCAGAAUGGAUGACAAGGUGGAUGACAAAGAUGAGGACAGCUGCAGUACAUACCCAAGCCUGGUGCCUCUUGGCAGUGAAAUCAAGGCCAGGAUGCAACAUUGGGUGGAGGACAGAACAGAGACUGCUAUGCCAUUGCCAUUGUGGACUGGUGUGCUGAUCGUAGCUGUACUGGCUGUGGUGGGAGUGUCUCUCAUAGGCGUUGUUGUGUUUUUAUUCUACCGAAGAUACAAACAGUACAAGGAGCAGCAGCCUCACUAUCGCUUCAGGAAAAGAGACAAAGUUAUGUUUUAUGGCAGAAAGAUCAUGAGAAAGGUGCAGACCUUGUCCUCUACCUCAACCCCUAUCUCUACUUCAGGGUCCCAGAAGCAGCGAAUCAGGAAGAGAACUAAAGUCCUGUCUAUAGCACGAAAAAUCCUACGCAUUAGGAAGGAGCCUUCCACCCUGGUGGCUAAGGAGCCCCCUCCCUCUCUGCUGGAGGCUGACCUCACAGAGUUUGACGUGCAGAACUCCCACCUGCCCUCUGAGGUGCUCUACAUGCUCAAGAACGUCAGGGUCCUGGGCCACUUUGAGAAGCCUCUGUUCCUGGAGCUGUGUCGUCACAUGGUGUUUGUGCAGCUCCAUGAGAUGGAGCCUCUCUUCCGUCCCGGGGACAUAGACGACAGCAUCUACGUGGUGCAAGAUGGCCGUCUGGAGCUCUGCAUACAUGAGAGUGAUGGGACAGAUGUGGUUGUGAAGGAGGUGUUGCCAGGAGACAGUGUCCACAGUCUGCUCAGUAUCCUGGAUGUCAUCACUGGUCACUCAGCCCCCUACAAGACUGUAUCUGCCAGAGCUGCAGCCCCUUCUACCAUACUGCGUCUUCCAGCUGCUGCCUUCCAGUGUGUGUUUGAGAAAUACCCAGAGACUCUGGUCCGCGUUAUCCAGAUCAUCAUGGGCCUGCAGAGAGUGACCUUCCUAGCCCUUCACAACUACCUAGGUCUCACCACCGAGCUCUUCAAUGCGGAGAGCCAGGCAGUCCCCUUGGUGGCAGUGCACAGUGUGAUAGGUGAAGCUAACCCUAACAGGGGUCUACACAGACAGCACUCCCGGUCUGAAGAGGCUGGGCCUGAGAGAGGGGGUUCUCAAAGACAGACUCAGUCUGAAGAGUCUGGCCAUGAGAAGGGGCCCAGUGACACAGAGAAUGGGGAGAGGAAGUCCUGUCUUUUAGAUACCAUCCCCACCACUAAAGGAAAGAGGUCUCGCUCUCAGUCCACUCCUGUGGCAGUGUCAAGUGUCACGUCUGCUGACCUCAACGUAACGUAUCAGCGAGCCAGAAUACGAGAAGCAGCAGCUAAAGCAGAGACACCACCAGGAAGUCCCCAGGUCCCACACAAGUCCAUUCUGAAGAAGAGUGUGACUAUGCUGCAUACUCCCUCUGCUGUGUAUCACUACCACGAGGCUGGAGAAAGUCAGUCAGGCCACAUCCACCACAGCAAGAUCAACACCAUCUUCCAGGCUGCCAAGAAGGACCUGCAGCGCCUCAUACAACUACAGGACCUCAGUCUGCUGGAGGGCAGAGUGACUCUGCGUCAGGUCAAAGCUGGCUGUGUGGUGAACAGCCAGGGGGACCAGGAUGUGAGUGUGCAGUUUGUGAUCUCGGGGGCGCUCCAUGUGUACCAGAGGACGAUCGACCGGGAGGAGGACACCCUGCUGUUUCUCACCCACCCGGGGGAGAUGGUGGGUCAUCUGGCCGUGCUGACCGGUGAACCCCUCAUCUUCAGCGUCCGAGCACACAGGGACUGCACCUUCCUGUCUAUCUCUAAAGCUGCCUUCUAUGAGAUCAUGCGCGAGGAGCCCAGAGUGGUGCUGAAUGUGGCUCACACCGUGGUGAAGAGAGUAUCCUCCUUCGUCAGGCAGAUAGACUUUGCUCUGGACUGGAUGGCUCUGGAGGCCGGCCGCGCUGUCUACAGGCAGGGAGACAAGUCAGACAGCACCUUCAUCGUCCUCAGUGGCCGCCUACGUUCUGUCAUCGCAAAGGAUGAUGGGAAGAAGGCGUUGACUGGGGAGUAUGGUCGCGGUGACCUCAUUGGGGUGGUGGAGGCCCUGACCCAUAUGAACUGAGCCACUACAGUACACGCAGUCAGGGACUCUGAGCUAGCCAAGCUGCCUGAAGGGGCCCUCAGCUCCAUCAAGAGGAGGUAUCCACAGGUAGUGACCAGACUCAUCCAUCUGCUGGGUCAGAAAAUCCUGGGGAAUAUGCAGCAGGGUAACGGACCCUUGGCAGCUAGUGGCCUGUUCCCCAGCAGUAAGUGGGAUUCAGGGAACCCGGCCUCUAACCUGUCCACUGUGACCAUCCUGCCUGUAUCAUUGGAGGUACCUUUAACAGCCUUCACACUGGAGCUGCAACAUGCACUCAGUGCCAUUGGUCCCACCUUACUAUUGACCAGUGACAUCAUCAAACAGAGACUGGGUGCUGCCGCACUUGACAGUGUGCAUGAGUACCGUCUGUCCAGUUGGCUGGGGCAGCAGGAGGACAUCCACCGCAUUGUUCUCUACCAAUCAGACGAUACCCUAACCCCCUGGACCCAGCGCUGCAUCCGUCAGGCCGACUGCAUCAUCAUUGUAGGACUAGGAGAGGCUGAGCCCACUGUGGGUGAGUUGGAGCGGAUGCUGGAGGGCAGUGCUGUGCGGGCACAGAAGCAGCUGGUUCUGCUGCACAGGGAGGAUGGUCCCCCGCCCCAGGGCACUGUUGACUGGCUCAACAUGAGGAGCUGGAUCUCCAAACACCUGCACCUCUCCUGUCCACACAGGGUCUUCUCCAAGAGGAGCCUGCCUAAACUGAGAGAGAUGUACGAGCGUGCUUUCCAGAAGCCUCCGGACUGCCACUCUGACUUCAGCCGUCUGGCCAGAGUACUGACAGGCAACACCAUCGCCCUGGUGCUAGGGGGAGGGGGUGCUAGGGGCUGUUCUCAAGUUGGCAUCCUGCGGGCGAUCAAUGAGGCUGGAAUCCCUGUGGACAUGGUGGGUGGCACCUCCAUCGGCUCCCUGAUGGGGGCGCUGUACGCUGAGGAGAAGAGCAGCAGCCGUAUGAGGGUUCGCGCUCGCGAGUGGGCCAUGGGCAUGGGGUCCAUCUUCAAGAAUGUGUUCGACCUGACGUACCCUGUGACCUCCAUGUUCUCUGGGGCUUCCUUCAACAACAGCAUAAGCUCUGUCUUUAAGGACAAACAGAUUGAGGACCUGUGGAUCCCUUACUUCAACGUCACAACGGAUAUCACUGCUUCAUCCAUGAGGGUUCACACUGACGGUCUUUCCCUGUGGAGGUAUGUUUGUGCCAGCAUGUCACUGUCUGGGUACAUGCCUCCCCUCUGUGACCCCAAAGACGGACACUUACUCAUGGACGGUGGCUACAUCAAUAACCUGCCUGCUGACGUAGCUCGCUCCAUGGGGGCCAAAGUAGUGAUAGCCAUCGACGUGGGCAGCCAGGACGAGACUAACCUCACCAACUACGGCGACUCGCUGUCUGGCUGGUGGCUGCUAUGGAAACGCUUCAAUCCCCUGUCAGAGAAAGUCCAGGUCCUGAACAUGGCUGAGAUCCAGACCAGGUUGGCCUAUGUGUGCUGCGUUCGUCAGCUGGAGUUGGUUAAAGACAGCGAGUACUGCGAGUGCAUCCGGCCGCCCAUCGAUCGCUAUGGCACCUUGGAGUUUGGCAAGUUCGACGAGAUCGCUGAGGUGGGCUACCAGCACGGUAAGACAGUGUUUGACAUGUGGAGUCGUAGUGGAGUUGUGGAUAAGAUGAUGAAAGACAGACAUCAAGAGGAAUUUCACAAGACCAAGAGCUGCAAUGUGGUCACAUGUCCCAAUGCCUCCUUCACUGAUCUGGCAGAAAUUGUCUCUCGAAUUGAGCCUGUCAAACCAGUCCUGGUGGAAGUGUUUUUCGCUCUUUGUCCCUCAGAGUUAUCAGACGAUUACCAGACGGACUAUGAUGAGGAGGCCAGGGAAAGUGCUCUCUCCGACUUUGACAUGUCUAAUCCCAACAGUGGAGCGGAACACACAGAGGGGGAGGAGACUGCAGACACAGCUGACACAGAUGAAGAGAUUCAGAUCAGGGUCCGACAUCACCAAACCAAACGGCCACCAAACCGCUCAGACAGUGUUGAUGAUCCAUAACACCCAUCAUAUUCAUGAUGCACAGUUUCUCUGUCCGGUUGACAAUGUCUAGACAUUAUUAUUAUGUUAGGAUGUUUAUCAUUUUUAAGCUGUUAUGUUGUAUUAUGAUCAAGGUCAUAGCAUUUACAUUGCAAAACAAUCAUAUCAUUCUUCUAGUAUUUACAUUAUACAUGGUAUUGUUGUUUUAGAGUGAAUGUCUUACUUUAAUCAUGUAGAAUAUGUAUUGCUAUUUACAUUGUUAGAAAGGAAACUGUUGAGUGCCAUAUUAUCAGGGAUUUGUGUGUGAUACCUAACAGUAGAUGUAUUUUUUUCUCCUUCCCUUUCUUUAGAUUGCUAAGGAAAAGUAGAGUAGAAUGUUUUAGUCAGGAUUAUGGAACAUCUGUAGUACACUACUAAGAAUAAAAGGUGGAAGAGUAGCAGAAAAUAGAUCAUACUUUGAUAUGAUUUUGCAAACACUAUGGUUUUGUCCUUUAUGAUUUGAAAACUGAUGAUUUAACCCAUAAGAGUCUAAGCCGGGGAGGUUGUACUAAGCUAUAUGGAAUUGUUUUAAUGAGGUCAUACCAUCAUUUAGCUAUUUGAUUUGGAAUUAUAAGACCCCUGGAAGUAUAAAACAAUAUAUAAACAAAUAAUUGUGGGCCUUACUGCUAUUAGCCCAUAUAAACACAUUGAACAACAGAUAGUACCCCAAAAAAUCAAGAGGAAGUUUGUUCUGAAGUGUCUGUCCUAUAUCUGAGAGAUAUACAGUAUAAGAAAGAUGUAAAAAACAUAUGAAUAAAAAUGUUUUCUAUGCCCGUAA